CUCGGCUCGGCCAGCAGCUGUUUCCCCCUUCGCUUGCUUGCUGCCGUUUCCGCUUCCGGUAGCAGCUAGCGGCUUUCUGCCCUAGGUGACCAUGGCGGGGAGCCGGCUGGAGACGAUUGGGAGCGUGUUUUCCCGGACGAGGGAUCUGAUGCGUGCUGGAGUGUUGAAGGAGAAGCCGCUGUGGUUUGACAUAUAUAAGGCCUUCCCGCCGCUGAGAGAGCCUGUCUUCCGAAGACCCCGUUUGAGAUAUGGCAAAGCCAAAGCUGCCAUCCAGGACAUCUUUUACCGCGAGGAUCGGAUUCGAGCGAAAUUCUUUUCUGUCUAUGGAUCUGGUCACAAAGCUUUUGAUCUGUUCAACCCCAACUUCAAGUCUACCUGUCAGCGGUUUGUGGAGAAGUACAUGGAGCUGCAGGACCUCGGAGAGACAGAUGAAGAAAAGUUGUUUGUGGAGACCGGGAAGGCUCUGCUGGCAGAAGGGGUCAUUUUAAGACGAGUAAGAGAGGCAAGAAAUGUCAGUGUCAGACCCCAGGCUUCGCCGGAAGGAAACCAGCCUCAGGAAGAUGCCCAGGAGCCAAAGACAGACGUCUCCUCUCCGUGAGGCCCUUCUGUGCACUGAGCGCGCCCAUCACCUGGGACAUGGCUCGGCUGAGCUGUGGACUCUGUUGGUCUCCAUCUCAGUACCGUGGAUUGAAAGCACCAGUUUUGUGAACUUUUAAUUUAUGACAUGGUUAUAUAAAGGGUUUUCUAAUGCUUUCAAAGUCGAUAACACCUGGAAACUUCCAAAGGUGUCUUGUGCUGGCUGCGGCCGCCGCGUUGAACCUUGCCCUUGUUCUCUCUGGAUCCCACAGAAUUCUACUUGACCAUGUAGUGUGGCCCCUCGGCCCAGUGUUUCUGUCUGCAGGUGGUGUCUGUUCCUUUUGCUGUAAUGCUAUUGACUGCAGCUUGAAAGGCCCAGCAGAGGCCCAGCCAGCUGCAGUAAGAUUGAGGACCUGUCUGAUGUGGACGAAGACCAAAACCAUAACUUGAGUGUCAUGGGUUAAGUGUGUUGGAGAUGAUUAGCAUGGGCUUGCAGCUCAUAGGUGGCUUAGAAAUGUUUGUUGAAUGAAUAAAUGAUCACACUUAGCUAAA